UUUUUAGAAAACAGUUGCUAUUACUCCUAACAUUUCUUUCUGAAAAUGACUGUUAAGCAGAAUCAAUUUGUCUUUUCAAAGUAAAACAAAAUAAUUUCUCAAAACUCAAAAUUCUAGUGGGAAAGUUUUGUGCGUUGAUAUGUGAGCAGAAUCGGAAGACCGGGCGGGGAUAAGUGGGCGGCUUUUUCCUAUCUUUUUUCUUUCUUUCUUCUUCCAAGUUCUUGCUACCGAGGUUAAAAAUAACCCCUCUUCUUUCUGGCAUUCGACGUUAAGUCUGGAGAAAAGACUUGUCCCGAAGAAACGUUAGCAACCAACCACACAUUUUACAAAUUCAGUUUCAAGACGGAAAGACAACUGUUCCCAGCGGCUGUAGUCUCGUCGUCUCUUGCUUCCGCUUCCGCCUCUUUUCCCCUGUUUAUUGUUGAUUUUUGUUUUUCUGUGCAAAAGUGCUUACUUCUCCACCCAUGAAAACUUACUGAGCCACAGCCAUGGAUGACUCUACAGAGUCAGAUGUGCUCUACGAGGCCUGCUCGAUCCUGAUGCGACUAUCGGCCCGUUCUAUUAAAGGAAUACGAGCCGAUAUCGAUCAAAUUGAAUUGCCAAACUUGUCAAUCGAAUUGCAAAAUUUGGUGGACGAACCGCUCGUGUAUGGAGCCGACCGGAACGGCAGCAGCAACAGUUUCAACUUCAUACCCUUGAUAUUGGGUCUCUUCGCCCUUGGUUUGAUUGGGGCGGCUGCACGUAACGAACGCAUUCAAGGCUGGACUCUGUUGCUGUCAAGAAUUUUACGAAAGCUAGUUCGAAAAGUGAAAACGUAUGUCACCAGGAUGAUCCUCACCCUUGGACCCGUUCGCAAGGGCGACUUACUUAAUUUACACAUGAAAAGCCCCGGCUCUACGUGGGAUCUUCGGUCGACUUCGCAGCAAUCGGCUUGUUUUGCGCUACAAGGCAGACGGCCCAAAAUGGAGGAUCGAUUCACUCUGGUCGAAAAGCUGGGAAACACGCCGCUCAAUCUCUUCGCUAUUUAUGACGGUCACGGAGGCGAAUUUGCAGCCGAUUUUGCUCAGCGUUGGAUCGUGAAUUGGCUGGAGAAACGAUCGGGGAAUUACAAGACUAAAUCGUCGUUGUACCAACAGCAACCGAGCAGCCCUACUUCCAACACUCAUCAGGAUGUUAGAAUAGAGGAACCAAACGCCUCUGACAAUGCGUCCGAGACAGCUUCAUCGGAUAAAAAUGGAACGACAGAAAAAGUAGUCCGCAAAAACAGCCUGACCAGCCAACUACAGGAGACGGGCCCCACAUCCGAAAUGACUAAAACCCCGUCCAUGAAGAAAAGGCAGCAGUCACAACAAGAAGGUCAAGGGGAAUCGCCUAGCGGUGGUAGCAUGCUGAGGCGCGGAAGUAGUGGGAGGGAAGCUAUUAGAAGCCUGGAAUUAAGACGAAAAAGCAGCGCACACAACACUCGAGUCAAUCUCUCGACCACUUCAAAACGUCCAUCACUCGUUCCAAGUGGAGAAUUUGACCUGUCGAAUGAACUUACGACGGCUAUUAUGGAAUCGGAUAAGGCCCUGCUGGUCGAGGCCAAGAAGCGCAAUGACGUGGCAGGUAGCACCGCGUUGGUUGCAAUCUUAGACACGGCCAGGGGACAACUGGCGGUGGCCAACGUAGGAGAUUCACGAGGCAUACUCUGUGACACUAAAGGAACUGUCAUUCCUUUGUCUUUCGAUCACAAGCCUCAACAGUUGAAGGAACGGAAGCGCAUCCAAGAGGCCGGUGGGUUUAUAUCUUUCAACGGUGUGUGGAGAGUAGCCGGAAUUCUAGCAACUUCUCGAGCUCUAGGCGACUUCCCUCUUAAGGAUCGAAAACUCUUGAUUGCGGAGCCAGACGUACUUUCUUUUGAUCUUUACGAUCUCCGACUUCACCAGCCUAGCUUCCUUAUCCUUGCAAGUGACGGUCUGUGGGACGCUUUCAGCAAUGAAGAGGCCGCUUUUUACGUUCGCCAGCGACUACACGAACCGCAUCUUGGCGCCAAGAGUCUAGCUAUGCAAGCUUACCAGCGGGGAUCGGUGGAUAACAUCACUGUUCUGGUAAUCAACCUCAGCAAGCUCUAAAAACAUGAAGAAUCCCGUCCACAUAAAACUCAUGAACAUUAUUCAAAAUUCACCAUUCAUCACUUUCCAUAUAUUGACCUGAUAGACGACACGACAUUUAUGUAUCACCAUUUCAACUCCUUCAAUAAAUUCAACCUAAAAAUA